AUGCCGUGGCAAACUCCCGACCCAGCGCUUGAGGAGAUGUGCACACGUCUCGAAGAUGAUGGUGAAGUUGAGCCCAGAGCCGGCCCAUCUUACUCGAUUGAGACCAGCUUCAGGUAUCAUCGCGGCUGCGACAGCGCCAGCCAAGACAGUCAGGCACGAGAUGUCGCCAGUCGCAUGCGCAGUGCCGUGAAGGCGGUGAAGGCAGUGUUGGAGCAAUCGCAUCUCGAAGUCCUGCAGUUGCUGACGAGUACACAGAGUGUUCCAGCGGCUCAAGACGGUCAACAUUCAUGUGGCGGCUUGCCAAUCGACUCAUCGCCUGAAAUGGCCGUACACACCGGCAAGCGAAGUGAUGCAACAUCGGCUGCAAAGCAAGGGAAGCAUGGAGUCCGCACCAAGAAGAGUCCCAUGAGUUCUGGCCCGGUCGCCGAGCACAGCUGCUGCCUUUCCAAGCAGGAGGAGCUCCCGGAGAAGAGCCGCCCUACCGGACGUGCCACGCGCAUUCGCAUCACGCCGCAGCACUUCAGCCCCUUGGGCACCGUCUUCCGUGAUGUGAAAGUGAACUUCCUGCCCACGGACUUCUCAAUCCAAGCCGUUGAUUGCGAAGGCUAUGCAUGGACAGCUCGUUCCAGCAUGAUCGCAGGGCGCCUGGAUGUGGAUCGCUGCAAGUACAAGAUCGACCCACAUGGCAAGGAUGUGCUCAUUACCAUGUGGGUGGACGGGGGUCAGUCCAUGAAGGCCCUGAAGCGUAUUCAGAUGUUCCGAGCAUACGAGUUGGAGGAGCUCUACAUCUAG